AUGGCUCGCCAGCUCCUCCAAGCCGUCACCGCGGCCCUGCUGCUGCGCGCGACUGCCGCCAUCGACCCGCCUCGCCCGCCACACCAGCCCGUGGGCGGCGGCGACCGUAUCGUGACGUGGAACGAGACCGUCGUCUCCCCGCAAUUCGGCGCCAGCUCCCGGUCUGUCAGUUGGCUGUCGGGCGCUCAAGACGGGAGCUUCAUCUCCGUCUCCAACAAAAGCCUCGUCAUCGAGAACAUCAUUUCGGGCUCCACCGAGACCUUUGUGGCCGCGGACAAGAUCCCCGACUACGCCGAGUACUGGAUCCGUCCUGAUCUGAAAAAGGUCCUCUUCGCCACCAACUCCACGAAGCAGUACCGCCACUCGUACUUUGCCGACUACUCCAUCCUCGACGUCGAGUCCGGCCUGCUUGAGCCCUUGGUCAAGGACCAGGUGGGUGAUAUUCAGUACGCCGAGUUUGCCCCCGUCGGCGAUGCCAUUGCCUUUGUGCGCAACAACAACCUGUUCCUCAGCAGGAAUGGUUCCAUCUCCCAGAUCACAAAAGACGGCGGCCCCGACCUGUUCCACGGCGUGCCUGACUGGGUCUACGAGGAAGAGAUCUUCGGCGACAGAAGCACGCUGUGGUUUUCCCCUGACGGCGAAUAUCUUGCCUAUCUGAGCUUCAAUGAGACGGGCGUCGACACCUUCACCAUCCCCUACUUCAUGGACAAUCAGAAGGUCGCGCCGCCCUACCCCGUCGAGCUGGACCUGCGCUACCCCAAGGUCGGCAGCAAGAACCCGACUGUCGCGCUGACGCUCCUUGACCUCACCACCCAGGAGACGACCCCCGUCGCCAUCGACGCGUUCCCUGCCGACGACCUCGUCGUUGGCGAGGUCAAGUGGCUGACCACGGGCCAUUCCAGCGUUAUCUACCGCGCCUUCAACCGCGUCCAGGACCGGGAGAAGCUGGUCCGCGUCGACGUCGAGGGCUACGCUUCCAAGGUCAUCCGGGAGCGUGACGGCUCCGACGGGUGGCUCGACAACAACUUGGCCAUCCAGUACAUCGGCCCCCUCCAGAACUCCACCGACGCCUACUUCCUCGACUUCUCGGACGAGUCCGGCUGGAACCACCUGUACCUCUACCCGGUCAACGGCGGCAGCCCCAUCGCGCUGACCAGCGGUGACUGGGAGGUCUCGGCCGUGCUCAAGGUCGACACGAAGCGACAACUCAUCUACUACCUCUCUACUGAGCACCACAGCACCGAGCGCCACCUUUACUCCGUCUCGUACCCGUCCGGCCGCAAGAAGGCCCUCGUCGACGACACCGUCGCCGGCUUCUGGAGCGCCUCCUUCUCCUCCUCAGCCGGCUACUACAUCCUGACUUACCAGGGCCCCAACGUCCCCUACCAGGAGCUCUACGCCGUCAACUCGACCCAACCCAUCCGGACCGUAACGAGCAACGACGCCCUCGUCGCCCGCCUGCAGGAGUACAAGCUGCCCAACAUCACGUAUUUCGAGCUCGAGCACCCCGACGGUUACACCCUCAACGUCAUGCAGCGCCUGCCCGCCAACUUCGACCCCUCCAAGAAGUACCCGGCCCUCUUCACCCCCUACGGCGGGCCCGGCGCCCAGGAGGUGACGAAGCGCUACCAGUCCAUCAACUGGCGCGCUUUCAUCGCCUCCAACCCGGAGCUCGAGUACAUCACCUACACCGUCGACAACCGCGGCACAGGCUUCAAGGGCCGCGCUUUCCGAUCGACCGUCGCCGGCCACCUCGGCCGCCUCGAGCCCCUCGACCAGAUCUGGGCCGCCAAGGAGCUGGCGGCGCGCAACGCCUUUGUCGACGCCAGCAAGAUCGGCAUCUUUGGCUGGUCCUACGGCGGCUACCUCGCCGCCAAGGUCCUCGAGGCCGACUCGGGCGUCUUCACGUCGGGCCUCAUCGUCGCCCCCGUCAGCGACUGGCGCUUCUACGACUCGCUCUACACGGAGCGCUACAUGAAGACGCUGGAGGCGAACGAGGAGGGGUACAACGAGACGGCCGUCCGCAAGCCCGACGGCUUCAAGAACCUGGCGGGCGAGUUCACCAUCCUCCACGGCACCGGCGACGACAACGUCCACUACCAGAACGCCGCCGCCCUCAUCGACUUGCUCGUCGGCGCCGGUGUGCCGCAGUCCAAGAUGAACUGGCUGACCUUCACCGACAGCGACCACAGCAUCGUCUACAACGGCGCCAGCAUCUGGCUGUACAAGUACCUGACGGAGGCCCUCUUCCGGGAGAAGCACCGUUCGGGCGACAAGCUGGUGCACCAGUGGAGCAAGAAGAGCGCCGCCGACGUGUUUGACUUUUGA